AUGGAAGUACGUCUACCAGACGAUGCACCUUCUGACUCGGAGUACGCACUAGAGCCUCGCAUCGACGCACCCAGUGCACACAAUCUGAAGCCAUCCCAGUUGUGGCCACAACCUGGUGUCGUUUCCAGCGUUGCCCGAGCCAUACGGAUUCCUAACCUAUCAAGCGUACCCCCGCACUCUCAAGCGCCACGAACACUUCUGCCAAGUCAUCCCUGUUUUUGAGCCCCGAAGUCCCAUCAUCACCCCCACCUACUGCUCAGCGCCCGUUGCCGCCCUCCAGUACACGUUACUCUGCGUCCGUUCAGGUUGAUCCAGACAACACCCUUCCCCAAACCGUUCGUGCAGACUUCCAAUCACUACUUACAGAGUACGACACUGUAUUUGACCCGCAAUUCCCCCGGAUACAAUGGAGCCGCUGCUGGCGCAUACAAGGCCAAAGUCAACAUGGGUCCUGUCGAACCUCCUCAGCGGAAGGGUCGCCUCCCCCAAUACGCACGGGAUAA